AAAAAUGCUUUCAAAUUCUUCAGUAUUAGAGUCUACUUCUGAUUUACAGGAAGAAAAAACAAUGGAAGUAGAUCAACAACAACAAAGUGGGAAAGAUCAAAAUGAAGCCAAUAACGAGGAGCCAAUUGAAAUGAUCGAAUCAUCUUCAUCUUCCCCCAAAAACAUUCAGAAAGAAGAUGAAAAUACCAAAAAUACCCCAAAAUCGGUUGAUUGUAUUGAAUUAUUGGAAGAUGAUGAAAAUGACAGUGUUGGUGUUGUAGCCGAAGAUAUUCAACAAAUUGAAGAGGAUAAUGAAGGGGAAGAAAGAGAAGAGAAUGAAGAAAGGGAAGGAGGGGAGGAGGAAGAGGAUGAUAUUAAAGUUAUUGAAGAAAAACCCCCAGCAGCUAAAAGACCCAAAAUUGCAACAACGGGGCAAAGGAGAAAUAGUGAAUGGCCUAGAGAUGGGAGUUCGAGUCCGGUACCGGAAGAUCCUAGAGCGGCUAAAGACUCAUCUAUAUCCCAUUCAAUACAAACUGAAGAAAAGGACAAGGAUACACCCAACUCAAAAACCAAAACUUUAAAUACUUCAGCUUCUUCAACACCUCUAAAUUCUUACAAUGUUUUAUUAGACCGGUUAGAAUUGUAUGUGCUGAAUGCUUUGGAUAAGGGGGAAAAUAUGGAUAGAAAGGUUUUGGAUGCUUUACUUGCCGCAAUUAACAUUCAAGUCCAAAAAGAGCCUUAUGCUGUUCGUAAAUUAAUACUUGAUAAACAAUUGGUCCUUCCAAACACAAUAUCUUUCCCUCCUUCACAAGUUGUCGAUCUAUUAAUUGAACAUGACCCCGAUCACCAACUUUCACGCGUCAUCAACCGGCUUUUUGGGGAGGAACGUCCAAAAUUGGCAGAAAAUGAACGGAGGGAGAAGCAAUACUUAAGGGCAACAAAUCCAGCCCCUAACAUGACAAAAUUAUUAAUGGAUAUGGGGCAAGAUUUAGUUCAAGAAUCUACUUAUUUUGAUAUUGUACAUGCUAAGAAUUUACCUGAAAUGCCUAAAAAUAUGGAUACUUACAAACAGGUGGCUGCCCAACUCCGCCCUGUUUGGCAGUCGUUAAAAGAAAAGAAUGCCCCUUUUGUUUUAAAAAUUUAUAAAUGCCAUGUUUGCGGGUUUAAAACUGAAAGCAAGAUGAUAUUGAGUGCACAUAGAAUGACUUUGCAUUAUGUUGGACGACGAUAUCAAUGUACAUUUUGUCGCGAAUUUGACACAAAUGAGAAUAGAAUGAUUAUGCAUAUAACAGAGGCUCAUUGCUUUAAACCUGUUGUUGUAGACCAAGCUCCAAAUGCUAUGCAAUGCCCAAUUUGUGAUGCAGAAUUUAAUUAUAAAGUGCAACGGGAUCAGCAUAUGAAGGCAUAUUUGAUCGAAAAAAUUAAUUUAAAAAAUUUUAAGAUGUGCCGUCGUGAUCUUACCAAACUUCGCAAUAUUCAAAUGGGUAGAGCUGUUGAGGAUAUAAACGUUAUUAAUCGUUGGCUUUGGGAUAAACCGCCAAUUGAGCCUUCUAUUUUAAGUCAACAACAGGAGGCAGCUUCUCAACAGCGCCAACAACAACUUCGCCAACAACAAUUACAACAACAAAAAAUUAAGCAACAACAAGCCGUUGCAGCUUUUCGGGGUUCUGCAACGCCAAAUCAAGUUUUGCCUCCCCAACAACUUUUACGGCAACAACGAGCUUUGUUAAUGAGCGGGGGAAAUUCUGUUUCGCCUUCUUUGGCUUCUCGUCUUGGUAUUCAACAACAAACACGAAACAAUCAACAAUUAUUGUCAUCACUUUCACCUGCACAGCAAAAACAAUUGGCUACUUUAACGGCUGCUUCACUAAAAGCUGCUGGCGGUAAUUAA